AUGCUGCAGCUAGUAUACGCGAGCACAGAGGCGGUCCCAGAGAACAUAGGCCACGUUUCUAUUCGCGAGAGUGCCUGGAAGCUUGCUGUGCCCCGAUUGGCGGACGAAUUGAAGCAGCAAGGCAUUGAACAAGGCCAACUCUUAUGGAUCGACUUCCACAGCGGGGGCCACAGGGCCGCUGGCCCUGCCGCGGUUUGCACAGCCUACUUUAGCGCUGACUUGCCGAGCCGUGGAGAUCUUGAUCUCCAACACCACCUAAUUCUGGUGGAUGAUCUCCAGAAAGGCUUUGCUCAAGUGGAGCAAUUCGUACAGGGCAAGGAAGUUAUCUCAGUGACUGCGAGUUCAAUGGAAAAGUCAGAGCUCGCCAUUGGAGUGUUUUACUAUGGAGGAGAAGUGACUCCGCUGCGGCAGCUGAAGUUCCUGUCAGCGAGUGGUUGUGCAUGGGAGCUGGCGGCUUCAAGCUGUGUCAUCUCUCUCAACGGCUUAAACCUUGAGCGAGGCCAGGUCCUUGGCAUCGAUGCCCACAACCACCACCCUGAUAUGGAUGCAAUGUUCUGUGCAUUCUAUUCUCUGGAUUUAAAGGGCAGGGGUCCACUUUGCGUGGACUGGAUGGGUUUGAAUGAGGAUAAUGAAUGGAGUUUCUUUCACGAAACGAGCUGCAAGGCAUCUGAAGGAAAGGAUGUGCUGUCUCUCUCAGGGUCGUCCAACUGCGAAGGGCGGUCUGUGCACUACACUUUCUUUCAAGCGAGCGGAGAUCUUGCAGAGUAUGUGGAGGUUGAGCGGCCGAGCGAUCAAUCUUGGGAUGCGGCGGCAGAUGAGCUUCUCCAAAAGCUCCAUGAAGCUGGGGUGCAAAAGGGGCAGGUGUUGAGUAUAGAUGCUCAUACCGGUGAUUUGAUAUCUCCAGCAAUACUGCUGGCCGUAUUCAAGCGGAACCUGCCAGGUCGUGGUCCUUUGUCACUCAGCUGGCAGAUGCGGCGAGGGCGCGACUGGAACGAGUUGUAUAGCUGGGCCGACCAGAUCACGGCUGAGAAGGAGGUGGUGGCGACCACAGGCUCAAGUGAUUGUGAAGGUCUUAUGUUGAUGAUUUUCUUGGAAGAUGACCGACCAUCGCCCAUCAUUGUGAAUCAUGUCACAGCAGCAGGAGGGGGCUGGAAUUGGGCUGCUGAGGAGCUCCUGGCAAGCUUGCAAAGGCAUGGGGUACAGCAAGGUCAAUUGAUUAGCCUUGAUGCUCAUAAUUUAAGCCCAACGGAUCCUGCAAUGUUUUCUGCACAGUACUCUAGCUCCCUACCUGGAUAUGGCCCCUUGCGCCUUCAGUAUCGCAGCUUCAACUUGGACAUGCCCUGGGACAUGUUGCACCGGCAGGCAGCUGUCAGGGCAACCUCCAGAAAUGCUGUUGCCGUCACUGGCGCGUCGAAUGAGCGUGGCCGGAGGGUCCUGUACGUGUUCUACGCAGUGUAG